UUCUCCCAACGGCGCCGCCACUCGCGACCAGCACCGUCUCUCUCUUCCUCACGACACGAGCGCUUGCGGCGGCGGCGGCAGCGGAAGGAGGCGACGAUGGGGCACUCCAACGUGUGGAACUCGCACCCCAAGAACUACGGGCCCGGAUCCCGCGUCUGCCGGGUCUGUGCGAACCCUCAUGGAUUGAUCAGGAAGUACGGGCUGAUGUGCUGCAGGCAGUGCUUCCGCAGCAACGCCAAGGACAUUGGCUUCAUCAAGUACCGCUGAAAUCAGCUGGGCUACCAGGGUGAGGUUUGGCAUGGACCCUAUGAGGUCGAGGUUUGACAUGGACCCUGGUGGUAGAUCAAGGCCGCAAUUUUAAUUCCAGUAAUUUAGAUGUUUUGUUCAGAACUCUGCUAGUAAAGUCUGCCAUAUUUGUCAUAUUGAACAUGAGUUACCUGCGUUGUGCUUAAGCUAUCUUGUGUGCUACCAUCAUAUUUGUCACUCGUUGGGUAUCAGGAACUCUGUAAUGUCGAAUGGUUAAGGUGCCAUAAUAAUCUUUGUAUGUGCAACCUUCAAGUGUGGACGGAUUAAAUUUUGUAGUGCACUCUUUCGAAAA